AGGCUCAGAGAAGAAGAGCCUGCUGGACAUGGACCUUGUUGAGGGCCUCAACCCCCCCUGCCGCCAAGCCCUGUUCCUCCCCGCGGGAACCCCACCACUCCGUGGGCACCCCCCAGCCUGCGAGAGACUGCUGCAUUUCCCCCAUCCUGAUAACAGGUCACCCAGACCCCAGGCCACAUAUGUGAACGGUGGCCUCCCACCCACGCAGCACAUCAAGCAGGAGGUCCUGCCCGACUACCAGGCCAUGGUGGAAACUCACACACCGCUGUCUACCCACUGCCGGGCCCCUUCGGCUACUGGCCUGCACACAGACAUGGACCUCUCGGGCCGAGGCCUCACCAACCCUGCACCUGCCUGCUACCUUAUGGGCAGUGAGCCCAGCGCUGGCCUAGACCCUCCCCCAGAGACCCAUCUCCCUGAGGGCAGCCUGAAGCGCUGCUGCCUCUUGGGCCUGCCCACCACCUCCUCGGCCUCCCCAUCACCCUGUGUCUCCUCCGAAGGCCUCAACAUCACUUCCAUCACCCGCUCCUCCCAGACUGCUCUGGUCACCUGUGUGAAUGGACUCCGGAGCCCCCCUCUGCCAGGAGGCCUGGGGAGCCCCCCACGGCGGGCCCGGCCUGGCCCUGCCACCAUGGAAAGUCACGAGGGCACUUUGCAACUCGAAGCUUGCUGCAAGGGGGGCUACCUGAAGCAGGAGCCUGUGGACGAGUUCUCAGAACUCUUUGGGCCUCACCAGCAGGGCCUGCCACCCCCCUACCCGCUGUCUCAGUUGCCCUCCAGCUCGGGCCUUGAAGGCUUGGGGCUGGGCCUGGUGGGCAGGGCGGUGGGCGGGCGGCAGGCGUGCCGCUGGGUGGACUGCUGUGCAGCCUACGAGCAGCAGGAGGAGCUGGUGCGGCACAUCGAGAAGAGCCACAUUGACCAGCGCAAGGGUGAGGACUUCACCUGCUUCUGGGCUGGCUGUGUGAGGCGUUACAAGCCCUUCAAUGCCCGCUACAAGCUGCUCAUCCACAUGAGGGUCCACUCCGGCGAGAAACCCAACAAGUGCAUGUUUGAGGGCUGCAGCAAGGCCUUCUCGCGGCUGGAGAACCUCAAGAUCCACCUGCGGAGCCACACGGGCGAGAAGCCGUACCUGUGCCAGCACCCGGGCUGCCAGAAGGCCUUCAGCAACUCCAGCGACCGCGCCAAGCACCAGCGCACCCACCUCGACACGAAGCCGUACGCCUGUCAGAUCCCUGGCUGCUCCAAGCGCUACACAGACCCCAGCUCCCUGCGCAAGCAUGUGAAGGCCCACUCAGCCAAAGAGCAGCAGGUGCAUAAGAAGCUGCACCUGGGCCCUGACCCUGAGGCCGAUGUCCUGACCGAGUGCCUGGCACUGCAGCAGCUCCACGCCACCACACAGCUGGCUGCCAGCCAGGGGAAGGGUAGCCGUGCCCCAGGCCAGGAGCUGCUUCCAGGUGUGUACCCUGGCUCCAUCACCCCCCACAACGGGCUGGUGCCCGCAAUCCUGUCCCCCACGCAGGAGGCCCCUUCCAGACACCACCCCCUGGAUGCCAGUGCCAGCAGCCACCACCAUCUGUCUCCUCUGCCCAUGGCAGAGGGCACCAGGGACGGGUUGGGGCCUGGCCUGCUCUCGCCCCUGGUUAGCCCGCUGAAGGGGCUUGGGCCACCCCUGCCACCAGCCUCCCAGGGCCGCCCUCCAGGCCAAGCCUUCUCCACACUGUCCAGCAAGCCUCCCUACCCGCUUUUCCAGAGCCCGCCUCCCGCGCCUCUGCCCAGCCCACAAGGCUACCAGGGCAGUUUCCACUCCCUCCAGAGUGGCUUCCUCUAUGGCGACUGCUACCGGCCAGUGGAGGCAGUCGCCAGUGGGGACGGGCUGACUGGGGAGGCCCACAAUUUCAACCCACUGCGGUCCAAUGGCUACCAUGGCCUCGGCACACCUUUACCUGCCACAGGCUAUGAGGCCCUGGCCGAGGCCCCGUGCCCCACAGCCCUGCCACCCCAGCCGCCGGAAGACGUGGUGUCCAGCGGCGCUGAGGACUGCAGCUUCUUCCCCAACGGGGCUUUUGACCACUGCCUGAGUCACAUCCCCUCCAUCUACACGGACACCUGAACGGGCACCCCACCUCCAUCUACAGACUGCUUCUCCGCUGCCGGUCCCCCGCAGCCGCCCAGCGCCGCCUGGCCACAGGCCUCCCCACCCAUGAGCAGGGGCCUCAGGCGGCGGCCGGUCAUCAGGAUCCGCGACCCCAGUGGCAUUUCCUCCGCGUGCCUUUGUCUCCCCGGGCCUGAGACCACAGACCUCGUGCGUGUAAAGUGUACAGAACUUGCCUCCCGUCCCCUGCCAGUUUCAUGUUUUUGGUUUUACAAGAAAAACAUUAAAAACUGGAAA